AUGGCCAGAAGGGAAGAAGAAAGAGCAGUGGUGAAAAAAGGUGAAGAAGGUCUCAAAUUGGCAAUCUCACUGUAUGAAGAGUUUGGACUUCCACUUGGGCUUUUGCCUCUUGAUGAUGCAAUUGAAGUAGGGUUCGUUCGGAGCUCCGGAUACAUGUGGAUCCUCCAAGAAAAGAAAGUUGUGCACAAGUUCAAGAUGAUAGGAAAACUUGUGAGCUAUGACACAGAGGUAACUUGUUACAUUGAACCCAACAAAAUCAAGAAGCUCAAAGGAGUGAAAGCUAAAGAACUCAUAUUUUGGACACCAUGUGGGGAUAUCUUUGUGGAUGAUCCUCCCACCGGAAAGGUUCAUUUCAGGGCCAUCGGUGGUCUCACUGUCACGUUUCCCGUCGAGGCUUUUGGCCUUGGUCAAUAA